GCCAGCCGACCCCCCUUCCAUGGGGGCCUGGGCGCGCCUCUGCCGGCGACCGCGACGCGUCCUCGGCCAACUGCCGUCACGCGGCCGUCAGUGCCGUCUCGACCAAUCAACGGUCGACCACCGCCAAUCACAGCCCACAACCGAUUUCCGUGCGGCCAGCCGCAAGCGCCACUGUCCCGCGUGGUGGGCGGUGACGUGUCAAGGCCGGGCCAGUGGCCUUGGAUGGCGGCCAUCUACCUCAGUGGCAAAGGCAGACGCGAGUACUGGUGCGGCGGCUCGCUCAUUUCUCGCCGCUACGUCAUGACGGCGGCCCACUGCACCAAGGACUCCAGGGGCAAGAGCUUUCACCCGAGGCAGUUCACGGUUCGCCUGGGGGAUACAAAUCUGAAGUCGAGUGCGGAGGCGGCCCACACGGCCAGGUUCAGGGUCAUCGAGUACGUCGCACACCCCGACUUUAAGCUGAACGGCUACUACAACGACAUCGCGCUCUUCAAACUGGACCGACCGGUGAACUUCAACGAGUACGUGAUCCCGGUGUGCCUGCCGGACGAGUACGAGGGUCGGCCCCUGGACGCGCUGGUCGGCCGCACCUCCAGCGUCAUCGGCUGGGGCGUCACCUCUUACGGAGGCCGGGAGUCAUCGCAGCUCCGAAGUGCUGACAUGCCGGUAUGGAGCCAGAGCGGUUGCGACAACGCCUACUUCCAGCCGAUCCAGGAGAUGUUCAUCUGCGCCGGCUUCACCGACGGCAGGAAGGACGCGUGCCAGGGCGACUCCGGCGGCCCCCUGGUGUACUUCGAGAACGGCAGGUGGAUGCAGAUCGGCAUCGUGUCCUUCGGCAACCGCUGCGCUCAGGCCGGCUACCCUGGCGUCUACACCAGGACGGCCAACUUCCUGCCGUGGAUCCGGCAGAACUUGAUCUGACCCGCGGUCCGUGUAGACCAUCUCAACAAUCCGGGAAAGGCUUGCGAUGUCCCGGAAGCUCCGCCCUCAGCGCACCGCCCGCUGCGGGGAGCGCCGCCCUGAUGACCGCCGCCGGACCGCUCGCACGCGCUGCAAGGUCAACGGCGUGACCCGGCCGCUCAGACCGUGCGCGGACGGAUGCGGAUCGGGGUCACAAGCAGCGCCGCGGCGCCCGGCGUCCGGCCGCUGACCCGGUGAAAGUGCCCCCCUCCC